AUGGCCCUGAACAUCACGAGCACGGCCAACAUCUCGAGCACCGCCACGUACAAGCUGGUCAAUUCGUGGAGCCAUGGGGCCCUCGCCCUCGAGCCGGGCGUGCCAGACCUGCAGCUGUGCGCCAGAAGCCCCAACAGCAGCGACAGCAACGGCAACUCGACCGUGCCGCUCGAGUUCCAGUUCCGCACCACCGACAACUCCGGGGACUUCAACCUCUGCGCCGCCGUCCACGACCAGACGUACUGCCUCGAUGUCUACAACGUCCAGAAGACGGUGCCGCAUCUGACGCCAUUCGGCUACUAUUCGGGCCAGUAUUGGACCGUGGAGCCCGUCGACGGCGAGGUGCGCUUGUCAAACGAGUGGACGGGGGCUGGCUGGUUCCUUGAUGUCUACGAGGGAUCGUACAAUACGUUUUUGAGCAACGACGCGGAUUAUGCUGGUCACUACUGGACGUUGGAACAGGUGGCCGAGAACGUGGCCCUGCCGCCGAACGCGCCCGCGGUGGAUGAUUCAACGACUGACGGGAGUGCUGGAAGUGGAAAUAGCGGUCUUUCGACUCCAGCCAUUAUUGGCAUCAGCCUUGGAGGAGGAAUCUUCUCGGCCACGAUUGUACUGGUGGCAUUAGCACUCCUAUUCCGGCGGUAUCGCAGAAAAUGCAAGUACGACCGAGAUCGGCUUGCGGCAAUCGAGGCGGCAGAGCAUCCAGCCGACAACAAUCGCCAGCAAUUCAACGCAUCGCCAAAUUCUCAAACUAUCCUGGACCCGAUGGGCAACAGCAAUUCAAACUCCACCAUUUGCGGACAAACGAACCCCCAGACAGCAAAUUGCAACGUCAGCAGCGUCCCAGUCGAGUUGGAAUCCCCUAUGGAAGCGCGUUGUGCUGUCCACCACGGAACAUUAUCAUACUUUCCCCAGCGCAACGGGCAGCAGCCCCGUGGCUCUGUCUACGAGCUCCCAGCGAACUUCGAAAACCUAAUCAGCCCCGUUCCAUCGCCCAAGCCGUCUCACGCUGGCUCGCUCCACCGCCAGUACAACGCCGACGAAAAGGAUCCCACGCUCUUCAACCAACAUAAUCCCCACCUUUCCACGAUGACUACUACCACCAUGUCCUCGACUGUAACCUCAUCCCUACCUACCUCGCCCGUCUCGGCGAGAUCCCGCGCGACGUACCAAACCGCGCGCUGGGAGGAAGUCGUGCCAAACGGCCGCGGCGAGAUCGUAUUCAGCACGAACGGCAUGAUGGCAUCGCGCGCAUCCAGGUCUCUCAACACUCACGCGGGCGCCGGCACCUUUCAAAGCGCCGUCAGCGUCACCUCGGCGCCACGGGAACAACUCCCACAAUACCACCCCCACCAACAAGACCAGCAAAAACGAGACUACCACAGCUGGGCGAACGGCAACACCAAUCCCACGUGGCCAUCGUCGCCGUCGGCUUCGUCGUCGCACACCAGCAGUCCUGUUAACGGGGGAACGGGAACGUGCGGUGUCAACGACUGGUACGCCAACACGGCCUUGAGCGAACUCCACGCCCCGCCGCCAGCGGGAUUCGAAGGCUGGGGAAGCAUCUUCGAGGCCGACGCGGGCGUUGACGGAGACGUUGGCAGGCAGGUGCACGAGGCGGGCGGGCGCGAGGUUUUCCGGAUGGUGGACCUGCCGGCGAGCCCCGACAGGGACGGAAGAGGAGACGGUGAGGUCAGAUGGGCGGAGGCGAUGAGGAGAUGA